AAUAAAAGCAGCAGUGCAGCAGUGUAAACACGUCUACCUCGGCCCAGAGCAGGCCUUAUUCUGUGGAUUUACAUAAGGCUGCAAUCAGCCGGCCCACUCAUUAUCAUGUUUUAUAUCCCUCUGCACUCAGAAAGCAUCAUGGCAAAGUAGCUCCAUCCUCCCCUUCAACAGGGAAGUGAAGCAGCUUCUCGGAGCAGGUGUCAGCAGCUGUAAACUCACCACAUCACCGGAACAGUGAGGAAGAAAGGAACUUUAUUUUUACUUUUUUUUAUUAUUCCCCCCCAUCCUCCCUUUUUUACUCUGCUGCAGCGCGCAAACAGCAGUCCUAUGUUGUGCUUUUAAUGUUCUCUAAAAUGGUAUCCAAGCUGACAUCCCUGCAGCAGGAGCUCCUCAGCGCCCUGCUGGACUCAGGAGUUACCAAAGAUGUUCUGAUCCAGGCCCUGGAUGAUAUGGACCCCAACCCGCCGAGCUUUGGAGUAAAACUGGAGAGCCUGCCCAUGUCGCCCGCUCCUCCUCAGAGCGGCAAGAUGAACGGAGCGGACUCCGCGAAGCCCGUCUUCCACACGCUCACCAACGGCCACAGCAAGGGCAAGCUGUCCGGGGACGAGGGCUCCGAGGACGGGGACGACUACGACACCCCGCCGAUACUGAAGGAGCUCCAGUCACUCAACACCGAGGAGGCCGCCGAGCAGAGGGCGGAGGUGGAGCGCAUGUUGGCAGAGGAUCCAUGGCGUGCUGCCCGCAUGAUCAAAGGUUACAUGCAGCAGCACAACAUCCCCCAACGGGAGGUGGUGGACGUCACAGGGCUGAACCAGUCUCACCUCUCACAGCACCUCAACAAAGGCACGCCCAUGAAAACACAGAAGCGAGCGGCCCUUUACACCUGGUAUGUCAGGAAACAGCGGGAAAUUCUCCGACAGUUCAACCAGGCAGUGCAAGGGUCUGGCACCAAUAUGACAGACAAAGGCAAUCAGGAUCCGGCAUUUUUUUUCCCAGAGUUCAACCCGUCUGGUCAGGGCAUGGGACAGCCUGGUGACGAGGUCGGCAGCGAACCCUCCUGCAAGAAAAUGAGACGUAACCGUUUCAAAUGGGGGCCUGCGUCUCAGCAAAUCCUGUACCAGGCUUAUGAACGGCAGAAGAACCCCAGCAAAGAGGAGCGGGAAGCUUUGGUAGAAGAGUGCAACAGAGCCGAGUGUCUUCAGAGGGGCGUCUCCCCCUCCAAAGCUCAGGGCCUUGGCUCUAAUCUGGUCACCGAAGUGCGAGUCUACAACUGGUUUGCCAACCGGCGUAAAGAGGAAGCCUUCAGGCAGAAGUUGGCCAUGGAUGCAAUCACUGUACCUCCCCACAGCCUCAACCCUCUGCUGUCACACAGUUCACCACAUCAUCCCCAGACCAGCGCUUCGCCUCCAAUGCGUUACAGCCAAGGCCCCGGUGAGGUCACCUCCUCCACGACCAUCAGUCACCACAGUAGCAACGGGAUGUCGACCAGCCAGUCGGUGCUCCAGCAGGUGUCUCCGGGAGGAUUGGACCACAGCCACAGUCUGCUGUCACCUGAUGCCAAGAUGAUUUCAGGUUCAGGUGGAGGACUUCCACCAGUCAGCACUCUGACCAACAUCCACAGUUCCCAUCAUAGCCAUCAGCAGACUCAGAACCUCAUCAUGCCUCUAUCUGGGGUCAUGGCCAUAGCACAGAGUUUAAACACAUCGCAAUCUCAGACGGUGCCAGUGAUCAACAGCGUGGCAGGCAGCCUUGCGGCGCUGCAGCCGGUGCAGUUUUCCCAACAGCUCCACAGCCCCCACCAGCAGAGCCUGAUGCAGCAGUCCCCCAGCCACAUGAGCCAGCAGCCGUUCAUGGCUACUGUCACACACUCGCACAUGUAUUCUCACAAGCAAGAGCCCCCGCAAUAUUCCCACCCAUCACGUUUCCCCUCGGCCAUGGUGGUCACAGACUCCAACAGCAUCGGCACACUCAGCUCCAUGUCCUCCAGCAAGACGGAUGCUCCUGUAAACAAGAUGGUGCAACUCGGGGGUCUUUCCUGGUGUCCUCUUCAAGCUUGGUGAGAGCGUCCACCUGACUUCCUCGGUGCCCGGCAACCGGAGCACAUUUUUCCACCCUCUCACCCCGGUAACCAUGACGAUUCUUAAUAACCGGCAACGGCGUGCUGGAUGAUGAGUCAGUCAACAAACAAGAGGAGUGACGAUGGUGGCCCAGGCGGAUGAAAAUGAGAAAUGGGGACAGACAGAGGAAAACAAAAUAAAAAGCAACUCACUGCACCUGAAAGUGAGGAGACUGGAUUCCCCUCGCUCGCACACACAUGAUCAACAAGGAUGUAUGAUUUUAACACAAUCUUUGAAAACAGUAUUGAGGUUUUUUUUACACCCCUUUUCAUAAAUGUACAGCAAGAGACAGUCAUCGUCUUUUCUGACAUUACAAAGGAACAAAAAGUGCUAUAAACUAUGUGGACCUGAGUGAAGGCCCUGGGACAACUGUGAUUUAAGGUGGAAAUAUAACACGCUGAAACUAACAGAGACAGUAAUCAGCCUCUGAAGGCUGAAAGACUCAACGAAGGCGAUUCACUCACAGCAAAUUCCUGGAUGCCUUUUGACCGGCUACACAAAUCGCCCCGCACGUGAGCAGAACUGUGUGACAAUCACAAUAACCUGUACUGAUCUUGUGCAUGCAUUUCAUUCUUUCUGGGAUUUAAAGGCGUCUUCCAUGAUAUUUUUUCACACUCAGUUUACUGUACUAGCAUUAGUGCAGGCAAUGAAUGGCCUAUCUGUCGCUCAUCAUUUCAAGUUGUUCAACGUGUAUACUGUGAUUGAAAAGACUUUGACAAUCUUGAAAGGACUAUGCAAUGUGUCUAUAGGUGUAUGCAAUGCUUUGUAUAACUGGAUUCUGCACAGAACUCCACACACUUGAGACUGGAAAUGAAUAUGCACAGGGUGUACACAAUAUGCAUCAGUUAAGUCGCCAACAAUUAUUAUAUUCUGGACCUGCCUGUAAAAUAACACAAAAGCAGUUGGAUAUAUGCAUGACUAAUAUGCCAAAGAAUAAGAAUGCAGUUGAGUGUAGGUACACUGAGGUAUAUAAUAUGUCUCAAUAGUUAUCUUGGGGGUGGGGGGCUGACUCACACACUUUAAAUGUGGCCCAUCCCCUGCGUGUUGUUUGCACACAGGUUCAGGUGAAUUUCAGGAAUGGGAGCGCUCUCCCCCUCCCUCUCCCACUUCCUCCUGCAACGUGAAGUGAUGCCGAAAUAGGACAAAUAUUGUUAAUAACUCCUCGUCAUGGCGCAGGACCCCCCGCGGUAGAUUGAAAAUAUUGACAAGUAUUUAGAAACACAACAGUCCUUUUCAGUCUGGUAUAUUGCGAAGGAGAGAGACAUGAAAGAGGACAAUGUUGUGACAGCAGCUGCUCUAAUCAUACAGGAAUCCACAGAGAGUGAGAAAUGUAGGGGAGAGGAGCAGCUGCUGUGGGCACAGACGCCCCCGCGAACACUAUCAAGGUGUGUUCAGACAGAAAGCAAAGCAAACUUUCACUUUUUACUAAAACUUCCCCUGUUUUUAUGAGACAAAAAGGCAUUUUCAUGUAUUAUGAUUGUAUGAUAUAUGAUAACCCUGCAUAUCAUAAGUGUGGCAGAUCCAGUCUCCUGUUCAAUAUUAGGUCAUUACAUUGUUAUUAUUAUGUUGGUUGGUUUGUGACUGUUAUAGCCACAUCUGCUGCCAUCUGAUCAGAAGGCACUCGUACUUGUGUGGCAGGACAUGAUUUUCCCCCCUCCUAAUGUAUUAUUUUUGUAUAAAAUUUAAAUCAAUCAUAAAUCAUUAUUUAUACUUUCUGAGAAAAUGUUGAUAUUUCAAGUAAAAGUUUUUUUUUCCAAAAUGAAUACAUGGUUUUGGUUAUUUUGUGAUAUAGAUCCUUACAAAUAGCAAAACUGCAAUUUAAAGAUACUUAAUUAAAAGUUCAAACUUUUGCAAAAAGUUCAGACAUAUUAGCAGCAAAGAUUUAUUUAAAGUAUCAAAAGUAUUCAUUAUGCCCCUUUCCAAAUUUGUUCUUUUUUGCUCUAUUGUUAUUACUCAUGUAAACAGCACUUAUUUUGUAGUUUAUUAAGAUGUAGCUCAGUUGAACUAUGUGAUAUACUUUUGGGAUGUUUAAUAAUACAUUUAUAAGAAUGUUUUCAUAUUUUCUAAUCAUAUUAAACAUUCUAUUAUAUAUAUUGCA